AUGAAGGUGGUCCUUGCAAUCCUCUACGAAGGUGGCCAGGCUGCUAAAGAAGAACCACGCCUGUUGGGCACGGUUGAGAACAAGCUGGGCAUUGCGGAAUGGCUUACAUCCCAAGGCCACGAAUUGAUCGGUAAGGUCUCAAGUAGCAAGGAGGGCCCCGAUAGCGAUUUCCAAAAGCACAUAGUUGAUGCUGAAGUUUUGAUUACAACGCCUUUCCAUCCGGGGUAUUUGACUCGAGACCUCAUUGAGAAGGCCAAAAACCUAAAGCUUUGCAUCACUGCUGGCGUUGGCUCUGAUCACAUCGACCUCAAUGCUGCAGUCGAUCAUAGAAUUCAAGUUUUAGAGGUCUCUGGGUCAAAUGUCGUCUCUGUUGCCGAGCACGUCGUGAUGAGUAUUCUCCUUCUCGUCAGGAAUUUUGUCCCUGCCCACGAGAUGAUCGAAAGGGGAGAUUGGCAGGUAUCUGACAUUGCCAGAAAUGCCUUCGAUUUGGAAGGAAAGGUUGUUGGCACUAUUGGUGCUGGACGUAUCGGCUACCGUGUCCUUCAACGUCUCGUUCCCUUCGAUACCAAGGAGCUCCUUUACUAUGAUUACGCCCCUCUUCCAGCAGCUGCUGCCGAAGCUGUCAAGGCCCGUCGAGUAGAGGAUCUCAAGGCAUACCUACAGUGUGAUGUUGUCACUGUCAAUUGCCCUCUCCACGAAGGCACCCGAGGACUUGUGAACGAAGAAUUGCUCAAGCACUUUAAAAAGGGUGCAUGGCUCGUUAACACUGCUCGUGGUGCUAUUUGUGACAAGGAUGCUGUUGCCGCCGCUCUCAAGAGCGGACAACUUUCUGGCUACUCUGGCAACAUCAUAGGCGAUGUUUGGAACGUUCAGCCCGCACCCAAAGACCAUGUUUGGCGUACUGUGAAGAACCCCCUCGGUGGUGGUAACGGAAUGGUACCACACUACUCUGGCACUACCCUUGACGCUCAGGCACGCUAUGCUAACGGUGCCAAGAGUAUUCUUGAGAAUUACUUGUUGAACAAGCCUCAGGACCCACAGAACAUCAUUGUUGGCAUUGGCAAGUACGAGAGCAAGGCUUAUGGUCAACGCUGA